AUGGAUCAAUGGCCGGCAUAUGCUGAGCCGUCCAGCAGUGGCUCGCGACGCUACAACGGCGGCAGCCAGCUCGGGAGCCGGGAUUUUAAUGGUGCUGCUCAGCCACAGCAACAACCGCCGUCUGCAUCGCAGCAGCAGCAGCAAUACGCAGCCGCCGGUGGUCUGAGCAGUCAGGGUCUCGCCGGCUCGCCCAUGAUUACGGGCGCGCGUGACGGUAACGGCGACAUUUCUAUGCACGACGCCGCGGCUGUGGGCCAUCACGAUCCAUACGCCGGCGUGAAGUAUCCGAUACGGCCGCAUCACCACCAGCAGCUCUCCAGCGGCGGCGUUGGCGUCGGUGCCGUGUCCGUUGCUCGCUCAGCCAGCCUGCACUCCAAUCUCGAGCCUUCGGCCGCUGCGCAGCGCUAUUCGCCCAUGGAAGUCCAAUCGCCCACCUCGCCCUACACGUCCUACUCCUCCAAACCGGCAUCGGCCACCAACCCAGCCGUCCAGUACGUCCCGACCUCGCAGCAGCAACAGCAACAACCGCAGCAACGACAGUCGCCCGCCCGGACUCUCGAUUACGCACCCCAGAGCGGCCCGUACCUUCCACAGAGCCCGUACUACGCAAACAGUCGCCAACCAGGAUCGCAAGGGUCGCAGCAGCCACAGCAGCAAGGCCCGCCCGUCCUGCCUCCGAUAAUUCCAGUCACCUCGACCGGGCUCUACUCUCCCAGCUCGGGCGGCUUGACGCCCUUGGACGGCCCGUAUGGCGAGCACAAGUCGCCUCGACGCCUGCAGCUGCCCUCGGCGGCACUAAGCAACAACGGUGGCAGCCAGCGCGGCCCUGUCCCGGGGUUCAAGAAGAUCCGAAGCACGUCUGACCUACGACCCAAGGUCAACACGCAGCCGCCGUUCCGGAGAGCAAACCCAGAAGGUGGAUUCAUCAGCCCGCUGCAAGCCUUGACCGUUCACUUGCCGGCCACCUAUCGGAUCUGCAACCCGCACUUCAAGUACGAGUCGUCUCGCAACCCGCGACGAGUUCUGACCAAGCCCAGCAAGGGUGUCAAGAACGACGGCUUCGACAACGAAGACAGUGAUUACAUCCUCUACGUCAAUGACAUCCUCGGCUCUGAGGAGGCCGGACACAAGAACCGUUAUCUCAUCCUUGACGUCCUUGGUCAAGGCACCUUUGGCCAGGUGGUCAAAUGCCAGAACCUCAAGACGCAGGAGGUCGUCGCUGUCAAGGUCAUCAAGAACAAGACGGCCUACUUCAACCAGAGCAUGAUGGAAGUAUCUGUCCUCGAUCUGCUUAAUACGAAGCUCGACAAGAACGAUGACCAUCACCUGCUGCGGCUGAAGGACACGUUUAUCCACCGCCAGCACCUCUGUCUGGUAUUCGAGCUGCUGAGCGUCAACCUGUACGAGCUGAUCAAGCAGAACCAGUUCCGCGGCCUUAGCACGACGCUCGUCCGAGUCUUUGCCCAGCAGCUGCUAAACGGUCUGGCCCUGCUGAACAAGGCCCGCCUCAUCCACUGCGACCUGAAGCCGGAGAACAUCCUGCUGAAGAACCUGGAAAGCCCGAUCAUCAAGAUCAUCGACUUUGGCUCAGCUUGCGACGAGCGCCAGACCGUGUACACCUACAUACAGUCUCGGUUCUACCGCUCUCCCGAGGUACUGCUAGGACUGCCAUACUCGUCCUCCAUCGACAUGUGGUCGCUGGGCUGCAUCGUGGUCGAGCUCUUCCUCGGCCUCCCUCUCUUCCCGGGCUCAUCCGAGUACAACCAGGUGAUGCGCAUCGUCGAGAUGCUCGGCAACCCGCCGAACUGGAUGAUUGAGGUUGGCAAGCAGGCGGGCGAAUUCUUUGAACGUCGCGCCGACGAGUUUGGACGGCGCACCUAUCACCUCAAGAGCAUGGAGCAGUACUCGCGCGAGCACGGCACAAAGGAGCAACCAAGCAAACGCUACUUCCAGGCCACCACGCUGCCCGAGAUCAUCAAGUCGUACCCCAUGCCGCGGAAGAACAUGAAGCAGAGCGAGAUAGACCGAGAAAUGAACAACCGGAUCGCAUUCAUCGACUUUGUCCGGGGGCUCUUGACGAUCAACCCGCUCGAGAGAUGGUCGCCACAGCAAGCCAAGCUGCAUCCGUUCAUCACACAGCAGAAGUACACGGGUCCCUUUGUGCCGCCAAUGAACCUCAAGGCAAGCUCGCUGAACCGGUCGCCAGCCCCAGGCACGCAGCAGCAGCAGCAGGCUGAGGCGCUCAGCAAGCAGAGGGCCCAGGCCGCCCAGGCCCAGGCAAACACAGCUGCGCAGAAUGCAUACAACAUGACCACGGCCGCGUAUCCGCAGCAGACGGCCGUGCCGCCUCCACAGGCUAUGCACGUCCAGGCGCAGCCAGCGCUGUACAAUACACAGAACAUGUAUGCACCCAGCAACAACAGCCAUGCAGCCCCACAACCGGCACCUCCACCGUAUGCAACAGCACAGCCCAACCAGUACGCAGCAAUGGGCGUAGUCCAGCAGCCAGCCGUGACGAUGGGUGCCACUGGAGGCUAUGGGACGACACUGGGAGCAGUCCCGCUUCAGUACCAGCAACAACAGCAGCAACAGCAGCAGCAGCAGCAGCAAACCAUUCCUGGAGCAGUUCGGUCACGGCAGCGCUCGUCGACGAUGGACCAGCAGAUGAGUGGGAUCCCAGCAGCGAUCCAGCGGGUGGCGAGCCAUCUGGACCCGACACAGCCAAUCCGGCUGCAGCCCAGCCCAGCAUACUACCCGCCACCAGCCGAUGGCAUGUCGGGGUUAGACCAGUCGGGACGGCCGGCGCGUCGGGGCAGCCGGGCAACGCAGAUGGGUGGUCUGGGCAUCGGCAGCAGCAACCUGAGCGGAGGAAUGGGAGGUGCCAGUGGCAGUGGUGGCAGCUCAGGACGGGGGGCUUCCAAUCGCGAUUUCAUCCGGACGUUGGAGGAGCGCACACUGGAGGAGGGAUUCAUGGGGGGCAACAGCUCGUGGCAUUGA